CUUGUUCCAUCAGAUGCGAGUCUGGUGAAUGUGAGCGUGUUGCUGUUGAGUCUGUCGUCACCGGACGAAUCCAGUUUGAAAUAUGAGGUGGAGUUCCUACUGCAUUUGUUCUGGAUGGACACCAGACUGGCCCACAAUGAGACCACAGGUCACAAGUACCUGAAUGGAAUUCACCACCAGCAGCAUGUCUGGCUUCCAGACAUUUACUUCCUGAAGCAUGGCGACUUCAAGCACCCUACAGAACCUGUCCACAUUGCUCUAAGGAUCUAUGGGAAUGGCACCAUACACUACACUGCCAGGAAACAUUUGGUCUUGUCUUGCGAAGGAGACGGAGACGUAUUUCCAUUCGAUGACCCCUUGUGCAUCUUUUCCAUUGAAAGCAUCUCCUAUGAGAGGGAUGAAAUGAUCUUCAAGUGGGUCAAUGACACUGAAACACAAGGAACCACUCUGAAGAAAUCCAAGAGGUUGACGACCUUGAAUGCAUACAUGGUCAGCAACAGGACCAGUGAGUGUGAAGAGCAGCUCACUUGGAGAGGGAACUACAGCUGCCUGAUGGUGGAGCUGGUGUUCACCAGGGACAAGUCCUUCUACCUGUCCACCGUGUUCAUCCCGGGCAUCAUCCUGGUGACCAGCUCCUUCAUCACCUUCUGGCUCGAGUGGUCAGCAGCACCGGCCAGGGUGGUCAUCGGGGUCACCACCCUGCUCACGUUCUUCACCACCAGCAACGGGUUCAGGACCUCGCUUCCGGUCGUGGCCAGACUGGGUGCCAUGAAUGUCUGGGACGCCGUGUGCAUGUUCUUCAUCUACGCGUCCCUGCUGGAAUUCGUCCUGGUCAACUACGUGGGACGGAAGAAGCCCAAGGGGAAUGCAGUCUACACCCCUGGGGAGAAUGCUGUUAUCCAGGUACAGGGCACAUAA